UAUGUGAUGACACGAAAGCCUAAAUCCCUGUCCGAUUGGGUGCUAACGUUUCCCAACCGCGAAGAGUUUGUGGAACUCAUCGUCCGGUCCAUCAAUUUAGUCAAUAUAGCGGUCAUCGCGUGGAUUGCCGUCACUUACAGCCAAAUGCGGCCCAAAAUGGUUUGGAUUUUGGUUUUGUCUCUCUUUAACGCCAUUCGGGCUCUGGUUUUGACGAAACUAUGGUUUGAAUUGAUCCGCAAGUCGUGCGCAGACUUCGCCGACUGGAAGGCCAAGAAUUUCCGCGUUUUUGUCGAUAAGAAUCCCGACUAUAAGGCGAGGGAAGGGUUCGUGAAGUCCCGGUCCCCGUCCAAAUCGUGCGCAGACUUCGCCGACUGGAAGGCCAAGAAUUUCCGCGUUUUUGUCGAUAAGAAUCCCGACUAUAAGGCGAGGGAAGGGUUCGUGAAGUCCCGGUCCCCGUCCAAAGACCCGAAGACGUCGUCAAUUAUCGCCCAAAUAAGGGCCGCCUUUUCAUUGGCGGACACAAAGGGUGACAAACGGAUUGAUGGACCGGAACUCAAAGUGAUGCUCUCGAAGCUCAAGAUUCCUAUCAGUGAUGCCAUUAUCGACCAAUUGAUCGCAGAAACGUCCAAAAAUGGCGAUGGUAUGAUAACGGAGGAGGAGUUCUUCCGGUGGAUGCUUAAGAUGGACGCACACGAAGACGAUGUGGAGGGCGAGCUGAGGGCCGCCUUCAAGAUCUUCGAUAUGGACAGCAGCGGAACCAUUGAGAUCGAGGACAUCAAAUGGGCGCUCGAGUUGAUCGGCGAACCCAUCACUGAC